GAUUGUCCAGUAUAGCGAUAUUUCUCACUUGGGGAGUAGCAAGGUGGUGGAAAGCAACGCCGACACGGAGGAUAAAUAAUAGAGCUCCAAAACAUCCACAGCCUUAGAUCAACAUACUAUUUUAGGAAUCACUUUUUAUCUUGGUCUUCUCCAACUACUCCUGUCCUUUACAACUCCCGUCAUGUCUUCUCCAACAUCAGAGCAGACGCCACUGCUGCCCACCACCAACGGUACUGCGAAUGGUAUUCACCCAACUUUUAUCAAGCGUUGCUCGGCGGUCUUCAAAGCGGAAGGCGAACCUUCGUGGCUUGAUUCUUACAAGUUCUUCCUAUUUGGAAGUUAUCUUAAUAUCCUUCUCUUAUUCGUUCCUCUUUGCGCUACGGCACAUUAUCUGAACUGGGAUGCUGGCUUGCGCUUCGCUUUCAGCUUCAUUGCUAUCGUUCCGCUGGCAAAGCUCCUUGGUGAGGCGACUGAACAGAUGUCGUUCAAGUUGGGACAAACUUUGGCCGGUCUCUUGAAUGCGUCUUUCGGAAAUGCUGUCGAAAUCAUUGUUGGAAUUGCGGCGUUGCUCCAAGAUGAACUGAUCAUUGUCCAGAAUUCUAUGCUUGGUUCUAUCCUGUCAAAUCUGCUGUUGGUGCUGGGUUGUUCUUUCUUGGCCGCUGGCACUCGGUACAACGAAAGCAACUUUCCAGGUUACGGCCGCUCAGGCUUCCAGCUCAGUAUGUGUUCCUUACGGUCUCACUCGGCGUUUACACUCAUCCUAUCUCAGUUAAUGACACUUGCAUGUAUUACUCUCAUCAUUCCGGCGGCCUACCACUCCGUCAAGUCGACGGACUUGUUUAGCAUAGGUGGCAGCGCUAGCGAGUCGGCGACUGUUUCGUUUAUUGAUGAUCGGAUCGAUUUAGAUCCUGCUGGCAGGAAUGGUCUACUGAUCAUCUCAAGAGGAACCGCAAUAUUGUUAUUGGGUGUUUACAUCGCAUAUCUAUAUUUCCAGUUGAAAUCACAUCAUUAUCUUUUCCAAGCACCGGAAUCCGAGGAAGAGCCUGAAAUUGCUAAUAUGAGCGUCGUAUCUGCUGGUACAGCCCUUAUCAUUGUCACAGUUGUGACAUCGUUCUGCGCUGAUUAUCUUGUUGCUUCCAUCGAGGAAUUUGCAAAGAUGUAUAACAUUCCUAAAGCGUUUAUUGGUUUGAUUCUUCUUCCCAUCGUCGCGAAUGCUGCUGAGCAUGUCACUUCGAUAUGGAUGGCUAUGAAGGGUCAAAUGGAACUCACGAUUGGCAUCUGUGUGGGAAGCUCAAUCCAAAUUGCAACCUUUGUUGUACCGCUCUUGGUCAUCGUUGGAUGGAUUUCUAAUCAUGAGUUGACUCUCUUCUUCGAUAACUUCGAGACAAUCUGUUUUUUCGUUUCUGUGUUCCUCGUCAACACACUUAUUCAGGAUGGCAAGUCCAACUACAUGGAAGGUCUCAUGCUCGUCACAUUGUACUUCGUCAUCGCUCUGGCUUUUUGGGUCUCCUAAAUACAAAGAGCUGGAGUAUCUCGUACAAACUGUUGAUUAUGCCUGUCACACAUCCUAUCUCACACAUCCUCGGUCGGAAAAUUACGUGCAAACGUACAAACUACUCAACAACCUUUGGUUCUAACCUGUCCGCUCGCUGUAGCAUAGUAAAUUUUAUUUAAUAGCGUUCUAUAGCGCCCUUCCGCAGUCUAUCUAUCUCACGUCCCUGAUAUCUAUUAUCUGUAUUCUUGGUAUUCUUGU